GAACUUGUGUAGCUGAGCUCAGACUCGGACCAGCAGUCAGUGAGUCAGUCAGUCAGCAGUGGGAUCGGCCGCUGCAUGGCUGAUGUGUAAACUUUCCUCAACAAGUGGAGACGAAGAGCUGACGCUCCGGAGUGUUUGACGGACCUACCAGGAAAGAAACCACAGCUCUUUUAUGAAUCUGGAACCUGUGCUCCGCUAAGCAAACUGCUGUUCCCCCCCAUUCGUGCAUGUUCAAACCAGAGGAGACCUCUGGUGCCGUGGGUCGGCCAGACGACUAGUACAAACGAGUGGCAAACAGCAGUCCGGAGGCAUGAUUUUGAGACGCAGCUCCGCGGUUGCUGCCUUCUUCCUUGUCUUUCUUGUGGAGGUGUCGCAGGGGUCGGGACAAUUCGAGCUGCAGAUCUUGUCGAUGCAAAUCGCGAAUGGAGAGUUGCACAACGGCAUGUGUUGCGACGCGGAUCAAAAGUGCACACGGAGCGAGUGUGACACGUUUUUCAAAGUUUGUCUGAAGGAAUACCAGUCCAGGGUUUCUGCUGCGGGGCCCUGCAGCUUCGGAAUGGGAUCUACGCCUGUCCUUGGAGGGAAUACGUUUUCUUUCAGGAGCUCUGUCAGGAAUGACAAAUCCAGGAUAGUUUUGCCCUUCAACUUCGCCUGGCCGAGGUCCUACACUUUGAUAGUGGAGGCCUGGGACUUCAACAAUGAAACUAGUGGUUCUGAUGGGAAGCCGAUAGAGAAAGCCUUUCAUUCGGGCAUGAUCAACCCAAGCCCACAAUGGCAGAAGCUGACUCACAACGGCCCCGUCGCCCAGUUCGAGUACCAAAUCCGGGUCAGCUGCGAUGAGCACUACUAUGGCUUUGGCUGCAACAAGUUCUGUCGUCCCAGAGACGAGUUCUUUGGGCAUUACACAUGCGACAAUAAUGGAAACAAGACCUGCCUGGAAGGCUGGUCUGGACCUGACUGCAACACAGCUAUUUGUCGACAAGGCUGCAGCACUGAACAUGGAUCGUGUAAGGAGCCUGGUGAAUGCAAGUGUCUGUAUGGAUGGCAGGGCCUAUACUGCGAUAAAUGCAUCCCCCACCCAGGCUGUGUGCAUGGCACUUGCGGAGAGCCGUGGCAGUGCUUGUGCGAACUCAACUGGGGCGGCCACCUUUGUGAUAAAGAUCUGAACUACUGCGGCACUCACCAGCCGUGCUUGAAUGGAGGGACAUGCAUCAACACAGGACCUGAUAAGUACCAGUGUACCUGCGCUGAGGGCUACUCUGGAGCAAACUGUGAGAGAGCCGAACAUGCCUGUCUCUCCAACCCGUGCUCUAAUGGAGGCAGCUGCUCAGAAACCACUCAAGGCUAUGAGUGUCAGUGUGCGCCAGGCUGGACCGGCCCGUCCUGCACCAUCAAUGUAGACGACUGCUCCCCCAACCCCUGCUUUCACGGGGGCACUUGUCAGGACCUGGUUAACAGCUACAAGUGUCACUGUCCUCCACAGUGGAUGGGGAAGACGUGUCUAAUAGACGCCAACGAAUGCGACAGCAAACCCUGCAUCAAUGCCAACUCCUGCCGCAACCUGAUUGGCGGAUACUUUUGCGAGUGCCUUCCUGGUUGGACAGGGCAGAACUGUGACACCAAUAUAAACGACUGCAAGGACCAGUGCCAGAAUGGGGGAACUUGCAAGGAUCUAGUGAAUGGGUACCGCUGUACAUGUGCCCCUGGCUUUGCCGGCGAGCACUGCGAGAGAGACGUCGACGAAUGCGCCAGCUCGCCAUGCCUCAACGGCGGCCGCUGUCAUGACGAGGUGAACGGCUUCCAGUGCCUGUGUCUGACCGGCUUUUCUGGAAAUCUGUGCCAGCUGGAUAUAGAUUACUGUUCACCCAACCCGUGCCAGAACGGAGCGCCCUGCUUCAACCGGGCCACAGACUACUACUGUGCGUGCCCAGAGGACUACGAGGGUAAAAACUGCUCCCACCUCAAAGACCACUGUCGCACCACCACUUGUAAAGUGAUCGACAGCUGUACAGUGGCCGUGGCAUCUAACAGCACGCCAGGAGGAGAGCGCUACAUUUCGUCAAAUGUGUGUGGACCUCACGGUCGCUGUCGGAGCCAAGCAGCGGGUCAGUUCAGCUGCGAGUGCCAGGAGGGCUUCAGAGGCACCUACUGCCAUGAGAACAUAAACGACUGCGAGAGCAACCCGUGUCGUAACGGAGGCACGUGCAUAGACAAAGUCAGUGUCUACCAGUGCAUCUGCGCCGACGGUUGGGAGGGCGACCACUGCGAGAUCAACAUAGAUGACUGCAGCACCAACCCCUGUCAUAAUGGAGGGACAUGUAGGGACCUGGUGUCUGAUUUCUUCUGCGAAUGCAAAAAUGGCUGGAAGGGAAAAACCUGCCACUCACGUGAAAGCCAGUGUGAUGAAGCUACGUGCAACAAUGGGGGCACCUGCCAUGAUGAGGGCGACGCAUUCCAAUGCAUAUGCUCCUCAGGUUGGGAGGGCACGACGUGCAACAUAGCCAAAAACUCAAGUUGUCUGCCUAACCCGUGUGAGAAUGGAGGUACCUGCGUGGUCAAGGGGGAUUCCUUCACCUGCGUUUGCAAGGAAGGCUGGGAGGGUCCAACGUGCACUCAGAAUACCAACGACUGCAGUCCCCACCCAUGCUACAACAGUGGGACCUGUGUGGAUGGGGAUAACUGGUACCGCUGCGAGUGUGCCCCAGGUUUUGCCGGUCCAGACUGUCGGAUCAAUAUUAACGAGUGCCAGUCCUCUCCCUGCGCCCUGGGAUCCACCUGCGUGGACGAGAUCAACGGAUAUCGCUGCCUGUGUCCCCCAGACAGAACUGGAAUCCACUGUCAAGAUAAAACAAGAAAGCAUUGCUCUGGUAAUGGGCACGUUGCCGUGGAUGGAGCCAGCUGGGAUGACGAUUGCAACAUUUGUCACUGCUCCAAUGGAAAAGUGGUGUGCACAAAGCAGAUGUGGUGUGGCCCGAAGUCUUGCAAACUUGGCGCCAAAGGGCGAGGUGGAUGCCCCCCAGAUCAGAGCUGCUUGCCCCUGAGAGAAGCCCACUGCUUUGUGAAACCCUGCCCGGAGCUCGGGGAGUGCUGGGGCUCCGGCCUCCCUCAGCCUCGAAUCAAAUGCCACCCCAGCUCCUCUUACCAGGACAACAGCUGCGCCAACAUCACCUUCAUCUUAAAAAAGGAGAUCAUGCCUGCGGGCUUGACUGUGGAAGGAGUGUGUAAGCAGCUGAGGAACCUGAACAUAGUUAGGAAUUUUUCCUUGGAGCAUUCUGUGACUAUAACCUGUGACCCGUCAUUCUCGGCCAGCAACGAGAUCCACGUCUGCCUUUCUACUGAAGACCAUCGCUUGGAUCGCAAUCCCAUCAAAGAGAUCACAGACCGAAUAAUUGACCUGGUCAGCAAGGGGAAUGGGAACAACACAAUCCUGUCCGCCAUCGUCAAAGCACGAGUGCCAAGACCCAGCAAAAGUGACUACCUUGUUCCCCUCCUCUCCUCCAUUUUCAUCGUCAUCUGGGUCCUCCUGCUGGUCUCCAUCUUGCUGUGGUGCUUGCGGCGGCGACGGAAACAGAGCAACCACAAUGGGACGUCGCCGACCGGCUCCGAGGACAACACCACCAACAACGUGCGGGAGCACCUCAACCAGAUCAAGAACCCUAUAGAGAAGCAUGUGGGCCUGACGGUGCCCAUCAAAGACUACGAAAACAAGAACUCAAUCAUUUCCAAAAUAAGGACAAAUAAUCCCGAAGGGGAUGAGGACGACAAGGAGAGGCACUUACAGAAGGGCCGCUUCGCCAAACAGCCAGCAUACACGCUGGUGGAGAGGGACGAGAAGGCGCCCAUCUCCAAUCCCAACACAACAUCCAAGCAUCCUAACUGGACUAAUAAACAGGACAACAGGGACUUGGAGACGGCAAACAGCAUAAACAGGAUGGACUACAUUGUAUAGCAGACAGCUGUGUUGCUGCGCAACCAAGCCUUAUUCCUUCACACCCAGGUGGUGGGUGAAAACGGGGAGCCACGACAUGUGUAGUUAAUAAAAAAAGGUCAUGUCAUUUGUUGACCCCUCAGUAUUUUCACACAUUCCCCGUGUUAAUUUAAGUUUUGACAAGCUGGCUUACACUGGCAGUGACGGUUGCUUUGGUUGGCUGGAAACACAAGGCACUGGUCUACAUUUCACCAUAGAACAAUUCGCAAAAGUGUCCUCUUGUGCAUUUCGUUUCCACCUCCCCCCUCUUUUUAUUAAUUUAGUGGACAAAUGGAAGGGGGCUUCUGGUGUAAUUGUUGUUGAAUGACUAAACCUACACGACGUGUUCAACACUAGAGCUAAUUCUUUUUUAGUAUGCGUUUUGAAUUCCUUCUAGUUUCAUUUGGAGAAAGUGCCUUUUCAGCUUUUAGACUUGAGCAACUGUCAGCAAAAAAAAAAAGAGGAAAAAAAUCCACUUUAUUAUUUAUUUUCAGUUUUUGGUGGGAGAGCGAGAGAAGAAAUGGUUCAGUGUCAGCAGUUGCUGCCAAUAUGAAGAAUUUAUGUGACAAUUUAGAACUUGUAGAUAUGUAAAUUUUUUUUAUUAAUCAUUGUGUAUAUUUGAUUUAUUAACUUAAUAAUCAAGAGCCUUAAAGAUAUCAUUCCUUUUUAUUUAUGUUCUGUCUAGUUUGAAGGUUCUGAUAGCUGGAGAAGCUUAUUUCUUUAAAAACGUUUUUUUCUUUUUUUUCAUAAAAGGCAAAUUUCAAAAUUUUAGACGAGAUGGAAAGUUUCACGCCUGAAAACUCUUUUUUUUUUUUUUUUUUUUUUUUUAUACAUUUGACAUUUCAUUCAUUGUUGCCAGGACCUUAAUCGAGGCCAAGUGAGGUUAGGAUGACAAGAAGAUCUCCUUCGGCUGCGGGGGGGUUGGACAUGGUGGCAAACAUAUUGCUUGCCACUAAUGGAUAUAAAUUUACUCGUAAGGGAACAAAAAUUCUUCAGCAGCUUCAGUUUUAAUCCACCCACGUAUUUCAAAGGCUGUCGAAUUCCCAUCUGCUUUAGUCAGCAUAAUACUUGAACAGUGGGGGGGCAAUGGGAACACUGAUGCAAACACUGCCUUCCUCUGCUAGAGUUUGCUUUGUUUCUGCACCCAUUUCUAAAAAAAAAAAAAAAAAAAAAAAAAACAAAAGACGAGGCUCUUUAAAGACCAACGUUUUAUCUCAUUUGUUAACGCUUUAAGAUCUUGGCAACACUUUGUCCUUUCUGACAUUUUUGUGUUAUGAACUUGAGAGUUAUGUGUUGAUCUGGCAAUAUAUUUUUUGAAAAGUCAUAUUUAUUAAAUAUUUUGUAUGAAAAGAGAAUUAAAGUUGUCUUUGUUCUGGAGAAAUUGA